CACGUAAUAUAAUAGAAAUGUCACUUGAUAUAGAAAGACAAGAUAGUAUACCAGAGUUCUCAGAACUAUCAUUACUAGAAAAUGUCGUGGCUAUUCUCCCACAAAACUAUAAUUAUAUGGUUACUGAAUUUCAACAAUUUCCAAAUCAUAUUACAUCGGAAGGGUUUUCAAUUGAUCAUUUUGAAAUAAAAAUUUUUGUUAAUGUUGAUAAUGUUGAAGGCACACAUCAAUGGUUUUCCGAAUAUAAAGAAAUAUCAAAAGCAAUGAUGUGUGAAACAAAAGGAUUUCAAAUCCAAGGAAAAAAA